CUCUUUGGGAUGGUGUCGGCCACGUACUUGGCGGCGACGCUCCUAGCUGCGUCCACGAAUGCGAUGACAACUCUUCCUGAUACGUGCAGUGGCCGCGGUGCCUUUAGUCUGUAUCAGCGGGAGGCUGGAUGUGCGGUCGGGAACUGCGAGUGCUUUCCCGGGCUGUUUCGAUGCGACGAUUCCUUAGUGGACGGACUGGGUCAGUGCGCGCUCUCCGGCAACGGGUGGACGGUGCUCAUCGUCGCGUUCGCGCUCAACUUGAUCGUGCCGGUGAUUGCAUUUGUCACGCACUUGCUCCAUCGCAAACAAGCGGAGAAGGCCAAGGCCGUGUUGGCCAAGGAGGCCGCCGAUCUGGAAGCGUCCGAAGGCGCCGGCGCGAAAUACAAGUCAUACUUUAUCGACCUGAAUCUUUUCAAGACUGUUGUGCCCGACACAGCAUUUGGCCUGCAUGACGAACCCAAAAUCUUCAUGGAGACCAUGAGCAAAGGAUGGGUGCAGUUGGUGUGCUACUGCCUCGCAGUGUCGUUCGCGCUGUCGUGCGCGAUGCUCAUUCCUUCGUUUCCCAUCAACGAAAAAGCGUUCGAGCUCACGCGGCUGUCAACCGUCCAAUUGUCCGACACGUCGUACGCCGUCGAAAGCGCGGCCACGACGCCGCUGCCAGCGUCCACGCGGUACCUGUCGAUCCAAGGCGCGUUUUGCGAAAUGUCGGCGACGAUCCUCGCGCCGACGGGUCUUUCCGUCUUGACGCUCAACUACACGAUCUCGUUCGACAUGGAAGCCAAGAAAAUGUUUGACACUGUUUCUGGCAGCAAAACCAUUGGCUGCGACUGCGACAACUCGGUGUGCAAGAUGGUGCCGGACCAGUCGGAUAAUGGACUCACGGACCUCGUGUACUUUCCUUGGUUCCAAGAUGCUGACGAGGACCUGAUUCGUCCGCUAGUGGCCGACACAGACCCCCACGAGUUUACCCUGCGCGCGACCUUUGAAUUGUCGUCGAGCUACGUGAGCGCGACGCCCGUGUCGCCGAUUCCGCACCUCUCGUUCCUCGCGCACUACUCGUACAUUGAGCACGUGAUCGACCUCGUCAACGUCCUCGUGUUUGCCCUUGACCUGCUCGUGAUCUUUGUCUGGGGGUACCUCACCCGCAAGGUCGAGCACAAACUGCCGGAGCGGUCGCUCAUUUCUGUGAUACUGUUUGUCAACUUCAUCGCGACCUUCCCCUUCAUGUUUGUGACCAAGUUUUUCUUCCCCACGUCCGUGAGUCUGCACCAAGUGUACCUCUUUUGUCAUGCGUGGCAAGCCUGCUCCAGCGGCAUUUGGCUGCUAUGUCUUCUGUUUGCCCUGGACAUGCAGCGCAAGCGCGUGUUCGGGUGCCGCUUCUACCUCGUCAAGCUCACGCUGGGCGUUGUCGUCUUGUCAUUGUACCUGUGGGUGUACUACUCGACCCUUCCGUACCAGUGGAUCCUCAUGCUCAACUUUUUCCUGGCGAUCCUUGUCAGUACCAUCUUCCGCGGCGUCAUGAUCGACGUUCGCAACAAACUCCGGUACCAGUGCUACGUGAGCACCCGCCCCGAGCAGCUCACGGCGCGGCUGCUGUACGUCGUGGCCAUCGCUGUCACGUACGUGUUCUUUUUUGUGGCGCUGACGGCGGACCCGGUCCCCCGCGUCGAAGCGUACCUCCCCAAGACAGUACACCUCACCGACAUGUCCAUCCAAGUGAUGAUCCGAACUGCGACGUGGAUCCUCGUCAUCAUCUUCCUCCCGCCGUCGUUCUCGGCGCCCCAAGUGUACUACAUGCGCGCCAAGACGUCGCUGCCGCGCCUCACGGAUGGCUCUAUGCACGAUUUCGAGAUGGCGUCGCUGAAACAAGCGGUGCACUCGCGGGGAUUGUUUCACUCGGCGAGCAACUACGCAGGGUGGAAGGCCCCCCGCGCAUUCUGCGUCGAGACGGCGUGCACCGCGUACAACCAGAGCGUGGCCGUGUACGACGAAGUGGUCGCGAAUGCCGAAACCGGCGGGUACGACAUCCCGUCGCACGCGCACUUUGCCGCGGACGGACUCGAGUUUGUCGCCGAGUUGUUUGACCGAGACACCGACACGUACGGGUGGGUGCUCAAGGGCGAGAAGAAGAUCAUGGUCGUGUUCCGCGGCACCAAGAGCGGCCAGAACGCUGUCACAGAUCUCAAGUACCGCUUCUGCGUGCCAACGUGGGCCACGGAUGAAACCGAAGGUGGCCUCCUCGACAAAACCCGCGUCCACACGGGGUUCUGGGAAGCAUAUGUGACUGUUCGAGACGACCUCAAGCGCAUCCUCCACGAGUUGGUGCAGGACAUGGGCGAAGUCCAAGUCUACUUGACAGGCCACAGCUUGGGCGGGGCGCUGGCCACGCUGGCUGCGUUCGACUUGGUCACAGACAACACAUUCCACUUGGACGAAGAAGUGGUGCUGUACACGCUGGGAGCGCCUCGCGUGGGCAACCACAUAUUUGCUACCAUCUUCAAUAAGCACGUGCCGAAUGCUUAUCGCAUUUGCGCCGACGGCGACGCGGUCGUGGGCGCGCCCAAGCGGUCGAUUCAGCUGGCGUACUUUGCCAAGAGCUUGUGCUACAAGCACAUCGGGACAGCCGUGCUGCUGUCGACCCGCGCCAAGGGCGUGUUUAUGAUCAACCCCAACAUUGUCGAGCGGGCGUUCAUGGCCGAGUUCCGGAACAACGUCCUCGCGCAUCUCCCGCCCACGUACAGACAUUUGCUCAACAAGGGCGUCAUGUACACGAUGAAGCCGGAAAGCGUCCGUGAAAACGAAGCCACCCCCUUGUUGAAGUAGACCAGGUCUCGAAGACCAUUGUGCACGUUGGAUAACAUGACGAGUGCUGCUGUGUGA